AUGAACAUUAUCGAUGAAAGAAAAGUAGAAAUAUCAAACAAAUUGAAAAAAGAACAGGCCAAUCUUUCGUUACUGCAAGAAAGGCUAACGAAAAGCGCACAAUUAACCGAAGGAAUUAGCAGUAUUUUGAACAAUUUCGAGCAAAGAUUAUCCCGAUUAGAACACACCAUUUUACCCGUCUACAUAGAAACAGAAACACUCCGAACGGCCCAAACGAAUAUCGAACCUACAUUGCGCCUACUGGAUAAUGUCAUCAGCCAUUUCGAGGUCUCCAGCGAUGUGGAGCACAUAGUAGAAAGGGGCCCCGGCGAAGGGGGUACCGAUUUACAAUCGUACAUGAAUGCUCUCGAAAGGCUAUCGAAAGCUCAAAAGUACUUCGAAAAGAACAUACCUCAAAGUGUCGAGUUGAUCAAUGUUACCUCCCUUUUUUUAAAGGGCAGUGAUAAACUAAAUACGGAAUUCAAAACAAUUUUGGACAAGUAUAAUACUCCUAUUUUGCCCGUGGUACUGCUUGAUUUGAUAAAUGCGGAAGACAUGUCUUACACCGGCGAAGAGUUGGACAACGAACAAGAAAUGGACAAUUAUCUGAUAUCGGUGAUGGCUUUGUAUAGGCUGAUGCAAUUCGAGCAAUUGCUGAUGAAAGACAUCAUCACGUCGGCGCAUCAACCGCGAGUUUUCGAAUUGAUCGUAAGGGAAGCGAUGGAUAUCAUUGUACAGGAUGGAGAAGUAAUUUAUUUGUAG